CCGGCCAGAGAGUGCACGGCAGAGCUCGGGACGCUGAACUUGCUGGUGCAUUUCAGAGGCCGAGCGCGGGGAUUUUCCCCGCCACGCUCUCCGCCUCCCGCGCUGCUCGCGCUGCCCGCGGGGUACCCGCCCCAGCACCGCCGGCGCCCCCGCCCAGUCCGCUCCCCGCGCCUCAGACGCGCUGACCGCGGCGCCUGGGGCCCCGGAAGGGGCCACCGCGCGGGGACGCGGCACGGUGGGCGCGCCCCGGGGGUAUGUCCGCGCGCGCGGCCGUCCGGGCUGCAGAGGACCACGCGAGAUUUCUGAGAGUUUCAAAGAGCCUCGGGGGCUGUUCCAGGGCAUGGGGACAAUGUGGGCAGGAAGAGUCCAGCGUCCAGCUUAGGGUUCCUUUAGGUGGUUUUUUCUGCAACCCGAGUAGAUGGCCAGUAACCCAUGUUCCAGGUAGCAUUCUAUACCAGUCUUGAAUGCCAACAGGAAAUCACUGGACAGCAGACCCUUCCAAGAUCAUAACUGGGCUGUUGGAGUAACUUGGAAAAGAAGAAAAAAGAACUGAAACCAUGGCAAAAGUAAAUAGAGCUCGGUCUACCUCCCCACCGGAUGGAGGAUGGGGUUGGAUGAUUGUGGCUGGCUGUUUCCUUGUUACCAUCUGCACCCGGGCAGUAACCAGAUGUAUUUCAAUUUUUUUUGUGGACUUCCAGACAUACUUCUCUCAGGAUUAUGCACAGACAGCCUGGAUCCAUUCCAUUGUAGACUGUGUGACCAUGCUCUGUGCUCCACUUGGGAGUGUUGUCAGUAACCAUUUUUCCUGUCAAGUGGGAAUCAUGCUGGGUGGCUUGCUUGCAUCUACUGGUCUCAUCCUGGGCUCAUUUGCCACCAGUCUGAAGCAUCUCUACCUCACUCUGGGAGUUCUUACAGGUCUUGGAUUUGCACUUUGUUACUCUCCAGCUAUUGCCAUGGUUGGAAAGUAUUUCAGCAGACGGAAAGCCCUUGCUUAUGGGAUCUCCAUGUCGGGAAGCGGCAUUGGCAUCUUCAUCCUGGCUCCUGUGGUUCAGCUCCUUAUUGAACAAUUUUCCUGGAGGGGAGCAUUACUCAUCCUUGGGGGUUUCGUUCUGAAUCUCUGUGUUUGCGGCGCCUUGAUGCGGCCAAUUACUCUUAAAGAUGACCAAACAACUUCAGAGCAGAACCAUGUCUGUAGAACUGAGACACAAGGCUUUCAGCGGGCGUCUCCCUCUUCGACUUGGACUAAAGAAUGGGUGCAGACCUGCCUCUGUGGCUCUUUGCAGCAGGAAUACAAUUUUUUACUGAUGUCAGACUUCGUUGUAUUGGCCAUCUCUGUUCUAUUUAUGGCUUAUGGCUGCAGCCCUCUCUUUGUAUACAUGGUGCCUUACGCUCUGAGUAUUGGAGUGAGUCACCAGCAAGCUGCUUUUCUCAUGUCCAUACUUGGGGUGAUUGACAUUAUUGGCAAUAUCACGUUCGGAUGGCUAACUGACAGAAGGUGUCUGAAGAAUUACCAGUAUAUUUGCUACCUCUUUGCCAUCGGAAUGGAUGGGCUCUGCUACCUCUGCCUCCCAAUGCUUCAAAGUCUCCCCCUGCUCGUGCCUUUCGCUUGUACUUUUGGCUACUUUGAUGGUGCCUAUGUGACCCUGAUCCCAGUAGUGACUGCAGAGAUCGUGGGGACCACCUCUUUGUCAUCAGCGCUUGGCGUGGUGUACUUCCUCCAUGCAGUGCCGUAUUUGGUGAGCCCACCCAUCGCAGGAUGGCUCGUAGACACGACUGGCAGCUACACUGCAGCGUUUCUUCUCUGUGGGUUUUCAAUGAUAUUUAGUUCUGUGUUGCUUGGCUUUGCUAGACUUGCAAAGAAGAUGAGAAAAACCCAGCUGCAGUUCCUUGCCAAAGAAUCAGAUCCCAAGCUGCAGCUAUGGACCAAUGGAUCGGUGGCUUUUUCUGUAGCAAGAGAAUUAGAUCAGAAAGAUGGGGAGUCUGUGGCUAUAGCAAUGCUUGGUUCCAACCCCGCAUGAUCAAUGGCCUUGAGCCUGAAUCUUCAGGGCUGAAAGAGGUGGGACCACUGUAUUGUACAUGUUUCUGAAGGAUUUUAUUUUGGCAGAAGUAUUGCCUUCUAAGGAAAUUUAUCGUUUUAUUAAUAUGUUUGUAAUGGAAAAAUAGCAAAUAACAAAGCAAGCUGGACUGGCUCAGAGUAUCCCCUUUUGGGAUUUGUACUCACAAUUGAACUCGCAUCUUUUGGGCAGUGAGCAUCACACUAUGGAGAAUGUUAGGACCUAGCUGAUAUAAUUCACCGUAAAUAGAGGUAAUUUCAAGGCACGACCAAAGCAGAUGACACUGGACGCAGCUUUGUUUCAAAUUCUCUGCCCUUCCAUCUUCCCUCCUCAGUUAGAAGGUAAACAGAAACAUUGACAUGUAGGUUUCUUUAUGCUGUUCAGAGAAGGGGGUCCUGUAUUAAUCAUUGCCUUUUGAAGAACCUAAAGUACUCUUCAACAACCUGUUUCAAAUGCUAAUGAGAAACUCCACUAGGAAGAAGGUUUGUCAUCCUCACCUUCCACCACCACUGAAAGCUCUUUUCCUAAAAAGAGGCACUUAACCUCCAACCAGACGCUCACCUCUGUUGCUAUCACAUAUAAUAUUUGCUCUAAAUUGAGUAGAACACACCAAGACACAUGGGCGAUUUCUAAAUCUUACCAGAAAUGUUAACUGUAAUGCUUCCCUUUUUUUUUCCUUUAGAAAUAAAGCAUUUAUUUAAACUGUAGACAAUUCCUGUUAGGAAUGGAAAAAUGUUGGCAGCAUUCCAACUGGGCAGGAAUUGAAUUCUUGAAUCAGCAGGUCUCUGGUGAAAGUUUUCUUUUCAGAUCAGAUAUUUAGGUUCAUUACCCAAAACAGGACUUGGGAAUUUGGCCUGAAAAAUAUUAUUCUAGAGAUACUCUGAAGCUGAGAUUCCUUUCUCCCUGUGUUAAUUUUUGUUCCAAUGUCCACUGCUCUUCAUCUCUUUAUAGAUAAUCAUUAGUGGACCUUUUCAGCUGAAUGAGAAGACUUCAGGGGUUAACCUCAGCAUCACAGCCCUCCCACAAAUUGUAGCUUUGGUCAGGGGAGAGGGAGGACAAAGUUAAGAAGGCUAGUGGUGUGUUGUUUUACAGUUUAUAAUCACAUACCUUAACUCAUUGGAUUAUAGUUUGCUCAUUCCCAAGUACCCUACUUUCCUGUGGUGUGGGAUAAAGUCUUCAGAUUGAAGAGGGAGGGCAUAGGGAGAGAAGAGAAAGGCCAGAUCCCCCAGCCUGUCUCCGACCAUUUUAAGUCCUCUGAAUUAUAAUCCUGAAUCCCAAAUCAUGUUGCACUUGUAACACAGGGGCAAGUUAUACAAUUGAAAGGGGAUUUUAAUUAUUCAAAAAUUUAAAAUCUGAACCUCAGGGAACUAUUUUGACCCUGAAGGCCAUUCAAUCCACUGUCCCCCAACAGAUCUCACAAAUGCCUUGCCAGGGGUGCUGAGAGAAAAAACACAGCCAUGAGGAAGAUCCAGGGUUGACUAAGCACAUUCAGCAAGAGUCUUUGCCUAUAACUGGAUUUUAAAUAUAUAUAUAUAAAAUUAUAUAUUAAUACAUUGCUUUCCGAAUGAAAUGCUGACUUGAUUUGAUGGCAGAAAACUAAUAUCUCAUAGGUGUUUUCCAAAGAGAAAACAGGAAUGUUUCCUGUUAUCUUUAUACUUAGUUUGAGAAUUUAGUUGUGAAACACUUCCUUUGUCAUUUGCAAUUUUAAAACAAUAUUUGGAAAAUAUCUGUAAACAGUCAAAGUUAAAAUGAAGUUUUAUGUGUUUGGAAUAGCACUUUACACUAAAUGUCAUUUCUUGAAUCUUCAAGCCUAAAGAUUUUUUGAAAUAUAAAGAGUUAUAAAUAUUCUUAUACAUAUUUUUUCCUAGUGAUGAUCACAGUAAAAUUUUGUUUAUCUGGUUCUGUGAUGUAAUUUCUCUAAAGUAUUAUAAGUACUCAUGAAAAAUGAGCAUAGAGAUCAGAGCUUUUAAAAAUUUGUAUAAAAUAUUUGUGAUAUUCUGCCUUUAUACAUGCAUACAUUUGUAUUUUACUUUUCUUUUUGGAGUGGCAUUUUUAGGAAACCAGUAAGGAAAAUGUAGAUCUUAGAGGUUACCAUUGUCAUCGACACAAAAUUUUACUGUUAUGUUCCAUUUGUCUAUACUGUUUAUUUCAAAAUGGAGCAAUUCAUGGGAAUGAUGUGUUUGUUUUGUGGAAUCAAGAACAAAAUUGUGGUGGGAUGAUUUUACAUCUUAAAUAUUUCUUUAUAUCACUGCAAGUUCUACUUUGAAAUUGAAUGAGUAGAAAAGCAAACGAAAUGUCUAACUUCUGUAGAUACACUGUACCAUUUGGCCUUUUGUUCAGAUUGUGAUUUCGCUAACAGAUUGGCUAUUGAUGAUAAUAUUUUCUUAUUUCAAAAGCAUAAUAAAAUGAGUUGA